UGCUGACAAUGAGAUAUCGCACGGACAUACGUUGUACAAGUGUAUUAACCUUUCCGUUUCUUGCCCCUUGUCAGACAGCAUUCGACGGAACCUUGGACAAUUUAAUAGCCUGCCAAGUGUUCGUCGAAGAAUGAGCGAGGACAUUUAGUAAAUCAUGGACGCGAUGCUGAAAUGUUAAAAAUACAAUGGAGCUCGGGCGAUGCGAUUGGAGCGAAUAUUUAUUAAACGUGCGACCAUUUAACGUUUUUUAACAGUUAUAAAUGUCACAGUGCGUGAAAUAAGUUAACGAAAAAGGUGUAUAGACGAAUAACCGUAAAGAGGGAGGGGAAUGAUGAAAACGAGAAAUGGUCUACUGUUGCACAGUGGAUAUACGUUCUUUUCAAAUUCCAAGUUUCUCUCUUAGUUUUGAAUUUAAACCUAUUUAUCUCGUUCUGCGUUAACUCGCAUUACGCUAACAAUCAUGUCAAAAAUUGAUGCGCCGAAAUAUGUGACUGCGAUCUACUCGUUCAAGGGAAAGAAUAACGACGAAUUAUGUUUCAAGAAGGGAGACGUGAUAACGAUAACACAAACGGAUGACGAGGGUUGGUGGGAGGGUACAUUGAACGAGAAAACAGGCUGGUUCCCAUCUAAUUACGUGAAGGAAUGCAGAGUUCCAGGUAUUAAAGAAAUAUAAAUCUAUAAUCCUAAGAAUCCGAAGAAUUCUAAAAAUUAUUUUUUCUUCUCUAAAGAAAACAGCGUUCUGGCUGUGAAGGUUUCGCCUGAGAAGAUUCUACAGGAGUCACCAGUGCAUCAAAAACUAAAUCGUGACAUCGUAUUAAAGGAUAUUGUAGAUUCCGAGAGGUUAAACGUGGCAGAAUUACAGGGUCUUAUAAAUAAUUUUUUACACCCUCUGGAAUCUGCUAACAUAUUGAACAAGGAUGAGUACAAGCAACUUCUGGGCAAUAUAAAUGAAAUUCUGGAAGUGCAUCAACGGCUGCUGUCCAACUUGGAAACAGCCACGGCACAAGGAUGUGGUUCGCGGAUCGGAAAUCUUUUUUUGACGCUAGCUCCGAAAUUGAAGUCCAUUCAUACGACUUAUUGCGGGAAUCACCCGCGAGCUGUCUGCAUAUUAGAUCGAUAUAGGGACGAGUUGAAUGAUUUUAUGGAACGUAGCGGAGCAAUAUCGCCAGGUAUACUGGUGUUAACAACCGGGUUGAGCAAACCUUUCCGACGAUUGGAUAAAUAUUCUGCUAUGCUUCAAGAAUUAGAACGAUACACGGAGAAGAACCACCCUGACAGAGGCGAUACUCAACGUAGCAUAGUUGUAUAUAGAGACAUAACUGAUCGAUGCGCUUCUAUACGAAAGCAACGGGAGUUGGCGCUCCAAGUAUUAACUAGUGGCAUUAAGGGAUGGGAGGGCGAAGAGUUGAACACUCUCGGUGAAAUUCUUCACGUGGGGUCUGUCACUUUGGCAACCGGAACUACCGGGCUGGAUCGACGAGACAGAUACUUUGUACUUUUCCCCGCGACUCUUCUGGUUCUCAGUACCAGCCCCAGGAUGAGUUCCUUCGUUUACGAAGGCAAACUUCCGUUGACAGGUAUUACUAUCACUCAAGUGGAGGACACCGACGAAGUAAGAAAUGCUUUUGAAAUUACAGGACCGAUGAUCGAGAGUAUACUCGUACUCUGUAGCACUAAAGAGGAUCAGCAACGAUGGAUCGGUCUUCUGAUUCAAGAACAAACGACGACAAACAAUGUAGUAAAAUCGCCGACAGCAUCACGCAUCUGCAGCCAGCAGAACGGGAAACAACAGCAACAGCAGCAGCAGCAACAACCGCAACAACAGAAAUCGAUUACGGACCCGUCUCUAGGAAUUAAAACGCCUUGGAGCAUCGCUUCGUUACGACCGGCACCUCCUUUUUAUAACUUUAGAGUACUUGGUAAAAUUGAUAUCGGCUUGGAUUUAUCGCGCGCACCACGUAACGAGAAGCAGUUUGAAGAGGACGCGAUCAUAUUAAAGGUGAUCGAGGCGUACUGCCUUUCCGUCAAUGCCAGGUUCACGGUGCAUUCUGGAGAGUCAACCUCAAUGCUGGAAGACGAUCUAAAUAAAAUACCGGACAGGUCGUCUUUGAUGCAGAAUCGGGGGAAUUUGGAGCUGUGUAGCAAUCGGGUAUUAUCGGAAACAGUUAGGACGUUGAAAAGUCAAAUGACAGAUUUACAAUCGAAAAUGUCAUUGUUAAUGAAACAAUUGGACGAGGAACGGAGAUCGAGGAUUUUGCUAGCUGCCACAGUAAAGCGCAGUAUGGGUGUUGCGGAUGGUACGGUGCCUUGAAUGUCUGGUUCAUUUUGAUAAGAAGAAACCGUUGUAAUAGUUUGAGCUGUGUUUGAUUAAUUUAUACCUUUUUGAGUUUCGCGUUGGGAAUGUUUCGCCCGUCUUCCCGUAGUGUCAUUGUAAUAAAAAAUAUAGGAAUAGUCGA